AUGAACAAUUUCAAACUAAACGGCUCUAGACAAGAUAUACAAGUAUGUUCCAUCAAAUAUGUUGCCUUAGAUGACACCCCUUGGACUAUUAAUAAUUCUUUGGUUGAUCAUAUUCCUGUCCUUUCCACGCAACUUGCUGUUGUGAUAUUCAUCAUGCGCUUUCUCAUGAUUGUCCUCAAACCUCUUCACCAGUCUCGUUUUUCCGCUGAGCUUAUUGCUAGUAUUCUGAUUGGCCCAUCUGCACUUGGGGGAUUCACUUUUUGGAAAUUCGAGGCUCUUAAAUGGAUGAAUCUUUUUCCCUUCGAUCAUAAUAUGUUAUUGGAGACUUUCGGCAAUUUGGGGGUGACUUACUACAUGUUCUUGGUGGGGCUGGAGAUGGAUCUAUCAAAUUUAAAGCAUACGGGAAAGAAGUCAUGGAGCAUUGCAAUUGCUGGAAUUUUGGUUCCAUUUUGUGUUGGGGCAUUAUUAUUUUUUGUACCUAUUCUUAGAGAUAUGAGCCGAAGGCCAAGUGCUACCGGUGCUGUGUUCUGGGCUAUAACUCUAACAAUCACAAGUUUCCCCGACCUGGCAAGAACCCUUUCAGAUGUGAAGCUCCUCCACACGGAACUUGGAAGAACUGCCUUGACUUCUUCCAUCAUUACUGACAUCAGUACAUGGAUUCUUCUUGCUAUGGCAAUAACCCUUUUUGGUGAAAGUCGUCAAAGCAUAAUUUUCAGAACAAUUCCAAUUAUUAGCUUUGGACUGUUCUGCUACUUUGCAUUGCGUCCGGCCAUUGCGUGGAUGAUACAGCGUACUAAAAACAAACAAGGCAAAGUAAGCGACAGGCAAGUAUAUUUCAUUCUUACGGGCGUGCUUCUUUGUGGAUUUAUGGCAGACGCGUGUGGCUCGCAUUCCCUUGUUGGUGGUUUCAUGUUCGGACUAAUCAUACCAAAAGGAGAGCUUGCCAUUGAAAUUAUGGAAAGAACUGAAGAGUCUGUGACUGGAAUUAUGUUGCCAACCUUCAUUAUCACUAGUGGGCUUAGAACCAAUUUUGUUUAUCUACUAAUCAAAGCUAAAUGGCCUUAUCUGGUGAUGAUUUCAAUUAUAGGUUCAUUAGCCAAAAUUGUGAGCACUGUUUUCGUCUCUUCAAUUUUUGGCAUGUCACUAAAAGAAGGUUUGAUUCUUGGUGGUCUUAUGAACUCCAAAGGUGUUUUUGCACUCAUCGUUCUUAAUGAAGGCCGGAACAUCAAGGGUUUGGAUGUCAAUUACAUGGUUACAAUGGUGUUAACAGUUUUAUUGAUGACAUGUUCGGUUGGGCCAAUGGUAGUCUUAAUCAACAAAACCGGAAAACAUUCGAGUCAAACCAAGCUAAAGACAAUUAAGGCAACUAGCCCUAACUCAGAAUUCCGAAUUCUCACAUGCAUUCAUUCAAUUCAGAAUCUCUCUGGCAUCAUCCGUGUCCUAGAAAUUUCCAAUGCCACUGAAAAAGUCCCCAUAUGUGUCUACGCUGUCCACCUUGUUGAGCUCACUGAACGUGCUUCAGCCAUGUUGGUUGUUCAUGAUAAACUCAAAACUAAUACCCUAUCUCGCACAACAAGUAGUGAAAAGGUACAUUCAGACCAUAUCUUCGACGCUUUUCAAAGUUAUAAGAUGGGGAACGAAUCAUCCUUUGUGCAUCAACUCACGGUCUUGUCACCUUACACCACUAUGCACGAGGACAUCGCUAAGCUUGCGCAGGAUAGGGCUACCACGAUGAUUUUGAUCCCAUUUCAAAAGCAACCAACUGCUGAUGGAGGCUUUCAAUGUGACAACCCUUCAAUAAAGGAAGUCAAUAGACAUUUGUUGGCUAAGUCACCAUGUUCUGUGGGCAUACUCGUUGAUCGUGGACUUGGACCAACCAAACAAGGCAAGCCAGUAUUUGGAGGCAGAUCACCGGGGCUCCAAUUAGCCAUGAUCUUCCUUGGUGGGCCUGAUGACCACGAAGCUUUAAGUUAUGCAUGGAGAAUGGCAGGAAAACAAAGCGUCACCUUAACAGUGGUACGGUUUCGGCAGCAUCAGGCACAAAUCAUGCCAGAAAAUAAAGACAAUGAUGAAAAUGAUGAGGACUCUGUAGGGACUAAAAAAGAGUUCGAUGAUGAUUAUAUAAAUGAGUUCAGGUUCAAAUCAAUGUGCGACCCAUCCAUAAUUUAUCAUGAGAAAGUGGUGAAUAAUAGUGAGGAACUUGAGAAAACAAUAAGCGAACAGUAUAAUAACUUUGAUCUGUAUAUGGUUGGACGUGGUUUAGAAGUAAAAACUCCAUUGACAAAGGGACUAAUUGAUUGGGGAGACUCGAGUACGCUGGGACCAAUUGGAGAUACAUUGGUAUCAUGCAAAUAUACUGCACAUGCAUCACUUCUUGUGGUGCAACAAUCUCCUUUCGCAAGUGAUGUUAGCUUGCAGCGUUCAAAGAGCAAGUUUGAACAAAGGAAAUGGGCUUCACCGGUUUUAAAUCCUGAGUACGAAGCCAUUAGCAAAGAGAAGAGGCAUCAGCUGUGGAACAAUGCCGGACUAUUACAACAGCGGAAUUUAUACUAUAACAAAUACUUGUUAUUAGAGUCAUUUUCCACUUUAGGGCUCACUUACUACUUGUUCUUGGUGGGGCUAGAGAUGGACACCACUAUAAGGCACAUGGAUAAGAAGUCAUGGACCAUUGCCAUUAUAGGAACCAUUUUCCCAUUUUUUGUUGGUGCAAGCUUAUACUAUUUACCCAUAAUUCAACAAAAGGAUGUAGUGUUAGCUCCUCUUGGUGCUUUGUUCUAGGCUAUAACCUUAACUAUGACAAGCUUCCCAGACCUCGCCAGGAUCAUUUCAGAUUUCAAACUUCUCCACACGGAAGUUGGCAAAAUUGCCUUAAGUUCUACCAUCAUUAACGAUAUUAGUACAUGGUUUCUUUUUAAUGGAACAAUAAUCACAUCUAAUGGUAUUGGUUACAGAGUGGCCAUAAUGACAAUUCCAUAUAUUGCCUUUGUAGUAAUCUGUGUGUUUGUUUUGCGUCCAAGCAUUGGUUGGUUCAUAAACCGCGCCAAAAAGGAAGGAGGCAAAUACAGUGAUACGCAUGUAUAUUUCAUUCUCAUUGGCGUAGUUAUAUUCGGAUGCGUUGCAGAUGCAUGUGGGUUGCAUUCCCUGGUUGGUGGUUACAUAUUUGGACUAAUUAUCCCAAGAGGAGAGCUUGCCAUUAAUGUUAUGGAAAGAAGUGAAAAGUUUGUGACUGGAAUCAUGUUAUCAAGCUUCCUUAUUUGCAGUGGACUUAGAACCCAAUUUGAUUACAAAGAAAUUCAAGCUAACUGGGAAACUUUGAUUUGUAUUAUAACUGUUGCUACAUCUGCAAAGAUUGUGAGCACUUCCAUUGUCCCUUUGUGUUGUUGCAUGUCUUUAAGGGAUAGUUUGACUCUCGGAGGUCUUAUGAAUACCAAAGGUUUUUUGGCACUCAUCGUUCUCAAUGAAGGCCGGAGCAUGCUGCGUCCGACGCGAAACAAGCUAAGGACUAUACAGGGAAGUAGUCCAGACGAAGAACUCCGAGUCCUCACUUGCAUUCAUUCAAUCCCAAAUAUUCCAGGUAUCAUCAACCUCCUCCAAGUCUCCAAUUCUACACAGAGAUCCCCAAUCUCUGUCUUUGCAGUCCACUUAGUCAAGCUCACUAGAGCUGCCCCAUUGCUUAUAGUUCACGAUACACCUGACAACAAUUCAGGUCGCGGAAACACGAAGUUAGACCAUAUCAUUACAGCCUUUAAAGACUAUAAGGACAUGAAUGAAGCAGUCUCCGUUUAUCCACUUACCGCUGUAUCGCCUUACCCUACUAUGCACGAGGACAUCUUUAGGCUUGCAGAGGACAAGGAUGUCACAAUCAUUUCGAUCCCAUUUCACAAGCAAGUAACUGCUCACGGUGAGUUGCAGGAUGACCACCAUCCAAUAAGGGAUGUGUACAGAAACUUGCUAGAAAAGGCACCAUGCUGCGUGGGCAUACUCGUUGAUCGUGGACUUGCAUUUCACAUAAGCUCAAAUGUAUCAAGUGGCAGGCGAGAGCAUCGAGUCGCCGUAAUCUUUAUUGGUGGACCUGACGACUAGGAGGCCUUAAGUUGUGCAUGGAGAAUGGCAGGGACAAUGCGCGUCACCUUAACUGUGGUGCGGUUUCAACUAGCAAAAGAUCCGGAUGUAGAUGAAGUGGCAGAAGAGAAGGUGACUAUGAAGGGAUCUGAUGAUGAAUACAUCAACGAGUUCAGGUUCGAGUCAAUGUUUGAUGAAUCAAUAACUUAUCAUGAAAAACUAGUUCAAAAUAGUGAAGAACUUGAAACAACCAUAAGAGAACAGUACAAUAGCUUUGAUCUUUAUAUAGUUGGACGUGGGUUAGGAGUAAAAUCACCAUUGAUAAAGGAACUAAUAGAGUUGUGUGACAAUCCAAGGCUGGGGCCAUUGGGAGAGGCAUUAGUAUCAUCCAGAUAUACAGAACAUGCAUCAGUUCUUGUGGUGCAACAAUCUACUUCGGGUGGAGUGGAUGCUAGAUUGCCCCAUCAUAAGAGAAAAGUGAUUAAAAAGGAUUGGGCUUCUCCCAUUUUAAAUCCUGAUUAUGACACCACUGUGCAGCGAAAAAAACGGUGA